AUGCAAAAAUUUCCAAUUAACGAGAAGAUAAUUGAAGAUCCCCCAGCCCCUAUGGCACUACCAACCUCCACUCUAGAUAAGAGCAUCCCAGAACAAGAAGAGUUUGUGGCAAAGCGAAAGGAUUCUACAUUGAGCGUGGAAUCAAAUAGUUCCAACUCAAGUGUGGAAUCUAACACUUUGCCGUUCGCUAACGAAAACAUCGGUACGAUAAAGCAGAAGAAUUCUCCAGCGGCGCUGAAGCUAAUCGAGGGACUCCAAGCAGAUUUUGAUUUGACUGAUGUCGAUCAAGACAACAUUGGUAUUCGCUCCAACAGCACUUCACUCACAAGUAGCUCAAUCGAUAAGACACAACCAAAAUUAAACGAUGAUGCUAACGAUGAACCUCCCCAGCGGCCUCCGUUGCCAAAGAAGUAUGAAGCUUCAGCAUCGCCGAUUAUUGCACCGAAACCCAAACUCAGACCCACACCCCCGCCUGUAGAACCCAAGAAGCCCGUGGAACCGCCACCCAAACCUAGCAAACCUGCUACCACAGAGACAGGGAAUGUUCUACAUGACAUAGACAACAUGCUACAGAACCUCACCGAAGAACUCGAUGCUAUGUUGGAACUAAGUUAAGAGACGUUGCCUUCGCCAUUGUCCAUCUCCACGUACCACACAUACCGACACACACACACACACCUCUCCACUUGAACUAUUAUUAUUCCAGACCACCACCACCACCACUAACACUUUAACUAUUAUUGUUGCUGCUGCUACCGUAUUUCAUUACUAUUAUUAAUAUUUAAAAAGUGGUGGUGGAUUGACAUUUAUAUGUAUGUAUGUAUAAAUAUGUAUAUAUAUAUAUAUAUACACAUAAACAAACUUAACACAAAUGUGUGUAUAUAUAUAUACAUACAUAUGUGUGUAUACACACACACAAAACGUGUCUAUAUAUAUAUACACACACAUAUAUAUAUAUAUAUAUAUAUAUGCAUAUAUACAUACACACAUACAGUAAAGCUUGGAUUGAAUAUCUUGUGGUAUUUAGUUACGUCCCUUUAUAUUCAGACUUUGAAACUCGCCAUGGUCGACUUCUAUCUUUUAUUCGUUUAUGGUUAACGAAAUAAUGUACCAGUUAUAUUCUGGAGUCAACUUGAUCGACUUAAUUAACUCCCCCCUCCUUUCCCAAAUUUCUGGCCUUGUGCCUGUUAGAAAUGUUAAUAAUAAUAAUGAUAACCAUUAUUAUUAUUAUUAUAUUAUGAAAAAAAAAAAAUUUUUUUUUUUUUGUUAAUUCCAACAGCUGCUCUUGAACUUAGAAACAAGCUGUGUCUGGGCUAAUAUUUAUUUUUUAUUUUUAUGGUUUGUUUGUAAAAUUUUUCUUUUUUUAAAAUUUGUCGUAAAAUUUUACAAAUUUAUUAAGUCAUGUGGAACAACAUUUAAGAUUGAAAAAAAAAAUUUUUUUUUUUUUGAAAAUUCUUUUCGGGCGAUGAACACAUGUGAAGCGUGACAAUGUGCAACUGCUCAAACAUAGUGAUUUCAUCAUCAUCAUCAUUAUCAUCAACAUUAUCACAAUCACUACUACUACCACCAUCAUCAUCAUCAUCAUCGAUAGUAGCAUCACAUGAAUAGCAUUUAGUUUUUAAACCUUUACGAAGGAAUUUUUUUUUUUUUGUGUGAUGUCUUCUUCCUCACAGAACCUCCACACACCUACUACUAUUAUUAUUAUUAUUACUAUUAUUAUUAUUAACCAGAAUUCAUGCCAAAUAAUGGUUUCUCUCCUCCAGCUAGUCCCCUAAACCAAAAUCCCAUGUUCCCCCCUACCAUUGUAUAAAUUAUAGAAUUUUUUUUUCUCAUUUAUUUUUUUCUGUUUGUAAAUCUUUUGUAAAUGUAUCUUGGCUCUUAAAAUACAAAAUCGUGGGUGAAAGUAAAUGUGGAUGUGUCUAUAUAUAUAUAUAUAUAUAUAUAUAUGUGCAUUCACAUGUGGUUGCAUGAAUGUGAAUACAUGUAUGUACGUGUAGAGACACAUGUAUGUGCGUGUUCUUAGAUGUAUAGUUUGUUGUAUGCAACGCUGGUAAAAGAAGAAAAAAAAGAAGAAAAUGGUGCACGCUGCCAUGCCAGUGUAGGUUAGUAAUUUAUAAACAAGAAUACAAGCGAAUAAUCGAUAUUUUAUCACAUUGACGACCUUGUUUUAUUAAUUGUUGUUCUUGUU